AUGAGCAGAGAAUCUGGAAUACAAAUAGCACCAAAGGUCGUAAUCCAAAAACCUGUAUCCUUUCCCUACAAGGAUAGCAAAAAGGUUCCUUGGAAUUACAACUGCAAUGUAACAAUCCCAGGAGAGGAGAGCUUGGUAAAUGCUUCAGGAGAGGAUGAAGAUUUCUAUACACGAAGUGGAAAACGCUAUGAUCUGGUAAACGCAAGAGUGGAGUCUGGAAAAGGAAAAGCCUUAGCGGUUGAAUUGGGAAAAGUAAAGACAGACAAAAUUGAGCCGCGCAUCAAUCAGCCGGUAACUGAAAAUGAGGCUAAUGAAUUUCUAAAAUUUUUAAAACAUAGCGAGUACAGCGUGGUAGAGCAAUUACAUAAGCAACCGACUCGUAUCUCGAUGCUUGAAUUGAUUCUAAGUUCAGAGAUACAUCGUAAUGCGCUGAUUAAGGUGCUAAAUGAAACUUACGUCGCUGAUGAUAUCUCAGUGAAUAAGUUGGACCGUUUGGUUAAUAAUAUCAGUGCCGACAAUUUCAUCUUCUUUAAUGAUGAUGAAAUACCACCCGGGGGAAGAGGAACCACUAAAGCCUUGCAUGUUUCUACUUACUGCGGGAAACAUAUGUUGUCAAGAGUGCUAAUUGAUAAUGGAUCAACCUUGAAUGUUUUACCCCUAUCCACCUUAAAUAGGUUACCGGUGGACAGCUCUCACAUGAAAUCAUGCCAGAACAUAGUGAGAGCAUUUGAUGGGGCGGUGCCUUCAUCAUUGCACCAGAAGUUGAAAUUAGUGACAGAAGGCCGGUUAAUUACGAUUGACGCUGAGGAAGACAUCAUUGCAUCGGUAACCAGUGACGCACCAUAUUUGGGAGUAGAUGAUGAUGCGGUCGAAUGUUCUUUUCGAUCCUUAGAGUUCGUAAAUGCAACUUUUGUCACUGAGGGAAAGAAAAUCCCAAUGCCCAGCAUAUCUAGAGCCACAAGGAUGGGACUACAAAUGACAGUUGGGAAAAGAGUUGUGCCUGAAAGAGGACUGGGAAGAUGCCUUCAAGGAAAGAUUGAGGCACCAGUGGUGAAAGACAAACAAGACCGUUUUGGUUUAGGAUUUAAACCAAAUGUCAAGCAGAGAAAGAAAGAGUUAGAGAAAAGACAAGACAGGAGGAAAGCGCGUUUGAACGGAAAAGAAGUUGAUUGGGAACCUAUGGCUUUCCCCCACAUAUCCAGGACAUUCAUAUCGGGAGGAACCAUGUAUUCUGGACUGAGGACUCCAAGAAAGAAGACCGCAGAGGAAAUGUCCCAAGAUAUCAAUGAUAUGAGUGACUCUACUAUGGACUUAGAAAAUCCUUUUGAACGAGAUAUGUGUUUAGAGGAAUCUCAAGAUUUUGAAGAUAACACGGAUUACAACCUACCUCCGGACUUGUUGAGGAUGGUAGAGCAGGAAGAGAAACAGGUUCUUCCUCACGAGGAGACGAUAGAGACAGUGAUCCUGGAAGAGGGAAAGGUGGUAAAGAUUGGCACGUGCAUAGCUGAAGAAGUGAAACAAGACCUCGUUAAAUUGCUUCGAGAGUUCAAAGAUGUCUUCGCAUGGUCAUACCAAGAUAUGCCGGGGUUAAGUACUGACAUCGUAGUUCACCGACUUCCUAUAAAGGAAGAUUACAAACCAGUUCAGCAAAAGCUCCGAAGGAUGAGGCCUGAUGUUGUGUUAAAAAUAAAAGAGGAGGUGCAAAAACAAUUCGACGCUGGAUUCCUGCAGGUGGUCAAAUACUCCGAGUGGGUAGCCAAUAUCGUUCCUGUCCCUAAAAAAGAUGGGAAGGUACGAAUGUGUGUAGAUUAUAGAGAUUUAAAUAAGGCCAGCCCCAAAGAUAACUUUCCCUUGCCGCACAUUGAUGCCUUGGUGGACAACACAGCAGGACAUUCGCUGUUUUCUUUCAUGGAUGGGGCAACGUAUCAGAGGGCCAUGGUAACAUUGUUCCAUGAUAUGAUGUAUAAUGAGUUAGAGGUCUAUGUUGAUGACAUGAUUGCAAAAUCUAAAACAGAAGAGGAACAUGUGCAGGUCCUUAAGAAAUUAUUUAUGAGGUUGAGAAAAUUUCAGCUAAAGCUAAAUCUAGCAAAAUGCACAUUUGGGGUCAGAUCAGGAAAAUUGCUUGGGUUCGUGGUCAGUGAGAAAGGAAUUGAGAUUGAUCCUGACAAAGUAAGAGCAAUACAAGAAUUACCCCCGCCGCGUACUCAAAAGGAGGUUCGAGGUUUUCUAGAAAGGCUGAACUAUAUUGCUCGGUUCAUCUCACAGCUAACUGAGAAAUGCGACCCCAUUUUUCGCCUCCUCAAGAAACAUAAUCCUAGUGUAUGGGAUGAGGAAUGUCAAAAAACUUUUGACAAAGUCAAACAUUACUUAUCCAACGCCCCAGUGCUGAUGCCACCCUGCCCAGACAAACCACUCAUACUGUAUUUGGCAGUAUUUGAAAAUUCUAUGGGAUGCGUGCUUGGUCAACAUGAUGAAUCAGGACGAAAGGAAAGAGCAAUCUACUAUCUCAUCUAUGUAAACCAGAAGGCGGUCAAAGGGAGUGCAAUAGCGGAAUUUCUAGCAAGUAGGGCUCUGGAUGAUUAUGAGCCAUUGAACUUCGAUUUCCCAAAUGAAGAUUUGAUGUAUAUCGCAACUGUAGAGAAAGAUUUCCAAGAAGGUGGUCCUUGGAAGUUGAGUUUUGAUGAGCUUCAAAUGCUAUAG